AUGGACGGCUCCCCAGCCCCGGCUGAACAGUGUUCCUCGCCUGCGUCACUAUCUACCUCGCUCGAGCAAGUAGUCGCCGAUCUGACACCCAUCCUCCGAUCCAUAGAAGUGAUAAUCCACCGCCGGCCGUUUGAUAUCGACUGUGUUGUGAAGUCGACGGAAAGUACCUUGACGCUCCGUCACUCGUUAAUUGAUGCCGCCAAGCCCCGUGAAGCGAAAGACGCUUUUCGAAAACUGGGUGGCUUCCAGACAUUGCUAGGCCUGGUUCGCCAAUUAGCAGAAUUAUACAACCCGAAGAAGCUGCCGAAUGAUGAUAGGAAGACUCUUUUGACGCUUCUGAAAGAUGUGUUGGCUGUGCUGUCGGAGUGUUUACGAGACCACACUGGGAAUCGACGCUAUUUUGCCAAGAAGAUUGAGUGUGACAAGGCGUGGUCGGUCGAGGAGUCACUGAAACUGUUCAUUGAAGACUCCGAUGGAGAACAAUUGCCUGAUAACGAUGUCGACCAAUUGUAUGGCGGGCUGCUUGCCGCUGCUCUAUGCCAGGAGACUACGGCCGAGAUUUUCACGACCCUGAGGACCAAAUAUAUAUCAGAUCAGCUUGCGCCAACUGCGUCCAGCGUCCGCCUAGAUCUUGACAAAUCACUCAGCUCUACGGAGACGGUUGAAUUGCACGAGUUUAUAGGGCCAUUCUUGCGCACGUGGCUCCUUCAGACAUCCCAUUCUACCCAGUACCCCAUUCAGAGACUGGCCAUUCCAGCAUGUCUCUGUAAACUAGCCUCUAACUCACAAAGAAAUGUCAUUGCUAUCCAUGCAACAGGCAUCUUGUCAACGAUUGUACGAUCCAUUUUUGGCAAUGGUUUGUCCGAUGACGAAAAAACGUUGUACAGAGAACUAGGGAAUCUCCUUUGCACAGAAGGGAUGUCGAACCUUGAUGAUGUUAUAUAUCUCUAUAGACAAGCAUGUGGCUCUCUUGAAGCUUCCAAGUUUCUUCUUCGUGCCAUGCAAUCUUCCAAAGGCCCGCCCUGUAUCCAGUUUGACAUGACCUCCCAUGGAUACUCAUCCAUUGAGCUAUCUACUCUAGGUCGACCAUUUCCCCCCGUAUCCUCUUCGGGAUAUACAUUAUCGAUAUGGGCCCGGUUCGACAAUUUCGACCCGCAGUCACAUACUACAAUAUUCGGUGCAUUCGACUCUAGACAAGCUUGUUUCGUGCUUGCUUACUUAGAAAGGGAUACACGCCACUUCAUACUGCAAACCUCUAUCAAUGGACCACGACCUAGUGUCCGCUUCAAGUCAGUCGCCUUCAAACAAGGCCAAUGGUACCACAUAUGUGUCAUUCAUCGAAAAGCACGAUCAAUCACUCCUUCUCGAGCCUCGCUUUUUGUUGAUGGCGAGUUUGUUGAGCAACUGAAGAUCGAUUAUCCAAGUGUGCCCGUUGCGCGACCCACAGCAAAGUAUCCCCGAGUCCAGGCGUUCCUGGGGACACCUCAAGAUCUCGCUGUCAGGAUAGGAAAGGGAGUGUGCACAACGAAAUGGUCUGUCGCCAAUGCAAUUCUUUCUGAAGAAACAUUCAGUGAUGACUUGGUCUCGGUCUUCUAUCAUCUCGGACCAAGGUAUCAUGGUAACUAUCAAGAUUGUUUGGGAUCAUUCCAGACCUACAAAGCAUCCGCAGCGCUCAACUUACGAAAUGAGAGCCUUCAUCCUGGAAAAGAAGAACAAUCUGAUAUUGUAACUGCGAUUCGACAAAAGGCUAGCACUCUUGUUCACGAGACUGCUUUUUUACUCAACAUAUCGCCUACUACAGUCUUGGACGACUAUGAUAGUAAUAAUGUCAACGAGUCACAGCUUAUCAAAUUAUUGUCGAGGCAAGCCGCAAAAAGUUUGUGUCAGGCAAUCAACGCAGGGGGCAAUGCUAUUGCGAUUAACGGGGCUAUUCCGGCAAUAAACGAUGCUCUUACGAAUCCAAGUGGAAUGGCAAUACUUGCUGGCGAUCCUGUUGUCUCGGUGCCUCAAUCCCUGGACGAUGCUAGCUGGAGAAUUGGUGGUUGUGCAAUAGUGAACCUAAAUAUGCUUCAUGCUGCUAAAUGUCCGGAAAGUACAAUCCUCGCUGUUGAAAUUUUAUUUGAAGCUAUCCAGGGAAAUUGGAGGAAUAGCGAAGCGAUGGAAAGGGACAAUGGUUAUGGUAUACUAGCAUUAUUACUUCGUGAGAAAUUAGGGUUCCCACAGAUUGCCCAAUCUGGCGGUUCCAAAACGUCAACGGUAUGCUCGGACAAUCGAGAAAGGUCAUCGCUGGCGAUUGAGCUCCUUCGUCAAAUCCUGUCUUUUGUUGGGUACAACUUCGAAGACCCAACUAAAUCUAUCAUAACGAAUCCCCUGGCGUAUCGUGUUCUAUUAGUGGACCUUGAUAUUUGGCGUUAUGGGGAGCCUUCUCUUCUCCAAAUGUACUACUCUCAAUUCAGCACCUUCGCCACAGAAAGCCAACAUCGUCGCUUCAAUGCGAAACGGUUAUCUCGUAUGCGGGUGAACAAAAGGUUUUUGGAUGCCUUGAAAGGCGAAGAUUUCACUGAAGAAACCUUGAGCCUAUUUAUACCAGCCUUCCGGUCUCUGUUCGAAAGUUGUAUAUCUGCGGAACUGUUACGGUCACUAUCUCUUUACAUUACUUUCGCCCUGCAUGAGGAGAAAGUUCCAAGUCUUCAUAAAAAGAAGAGCAUGCGUUUCAAUUCCCGUUCCCGCCAACUCUCUUCUGCGUCAGAUUCAAGCCCGAAGAAAGCCAUGCCAAAGAAACAGAUUGGCCUGGAACUUCUUCGCAUGUAUACCGAGUAUCUCUGCACACAGGGUGACUUCAUCAACAUAAAGAGAUUUGCACGGGCUGUAACAAAUAAAUGGCUUCUCUAUCUGAUGUGUGAAGACGCACCAGAGGCGGUGACAAUGGCGACUAAGAUUCUCGCUCGACUUAUAGUUGUUCACGGUGGCAGCUACAGUAAGAAGCUUGCCGACAAGACGGGUGGGUAUGUUAUCAUGAAAAAUCGACUCAAGAGAUGGUGGAACGUUUUCUCCCUGUGGCCUAUCUGCUUUUCUAUCCUUUUUGGGCUGGAUGUGGCAGAAGUAGAUAUCGAUGACUUGACCGAUCUAUCGUCGCUGCUAGACGUGCUUGUUUACAAGAAACGGCUCGACGUUGCUUUUCCCGAAGUCCUUCCAGUUAUCACUGAAAUGCUGAGAAACGGCCUGGACGAUUCAAUGUUUGACAACGCGUCGGCCAGAGGUCGGGCAGUGGUAUCGAAUGUCCUUACUUUCCUGUCCAACGUUCACUUGAAGUCCCCUGGGUUCCGAGAAUUUGCCGCAAAUUCAACAUACGUCCAAAGAUUGCUUUCUGCUUUGUUUCCUAUGACAGGUUCGAGAACAGUCAAUGCCGAGGUUGAGCUUCAUUACAGAGAAGAUGUUUCUAAUACUGAACGUAGCGCUGGAAAGACUUACCGGAGUGUAACAGCCCUGCCAGUGCUACGUACAUCAAGAGCCACUCCCUCAGAGUCUUCAUCAGAAACCCACGGUUCUUUGCGACGCUCUUCGUCUUUUGUUCUCAUAUCAUCGGACAGAUCACAACAUACGGCUUCAUCAGCACAUCUGCACCGAGCUUCUAUUGGAAACAUUGAUAAAGACGUCUCUUAUGAAAACGACGAACUAGUUCUGGAAACUCGAUCUGUUACUCUUAAAACUUUUGUCUCGCAGGUUACGGAUCGCAAAGACUUCACUGGUCUCGGCUUAUUUUUGAAAACACCCCCGAGCAACUUAGAACAUCAGGCUUAUUUUCUGUCUUGGCUUCUUCAGGGAACCAUUUCAGAAUUGCAGGCCACAUUUUCGGCCAACGAGAAGUUACUACAAGAGCCACGUAUUCUCACAAAUUUCUCACGGUUUUUAACACAUGUGGGAGAAUCCCUAUUUGAGGGUUGGUUUUUGAACGGCAGCAGUCAAACGCUGGAUCUUGCCGGCUUCGUGCUUGAGUAUCUCUCUCGUCCUGAGAUAGCUUCAUUGAAGAUUGUACGCCUUUGCAGCCAAGCUAUCACUACCAUUAGAUCCGUGCUUUUUAAAAUUAUCCUAUUAGAAUUGUCAGAGCAGGACGACAAUGACUCGCUGAGCUUCAUGAACCGCCUCGGUUAUUGGCAGACCAUUAUCCUCGCUGCUGGAGAGCCAGAAGCCGAAUACCUGAAACUAUUCUUUUACCAGCUUUAUAUCAAGUCGGUCUCCGAGAAGCAUGAGGUCCGCUUAGCUGCUGCCACCUUAUGGCGGAUAAUUCUUGUCCAAAAGCCUCAUGAAAUGGCCUCCAUACUGAGCCAUGCUCCACUAUCUCUACAACGUCGACUGACUGGUGGGUUUGAAGAAUUAGCUGGAAUGGAUGACGCAGCUUUCUUGAAUUGGAUCGACGAUGAACGUGAGGAUUUGGAUGCCUUCUUCUUCGGUAGUCUUUCCAAAUUCUGGGAUGCUUUUGUCCAAGAGGAAAACAACAGGACUCAAGAGUCGAGCCGUACUCGCUUAGCCAAGCGGAAAGACAGGCUGAAACAAUGGGUUCACGAGGAGAACUUUGCCGAGGACAUUACUCGCAAACACAAUACUACGUUUGACCACUGGACUUCUAACAUCUUCGCAUCAGAAUUUCUGAAGCAUCAGAGGCUUCUACAAGACCAGCAUGACAAUUUUACAUUCAUGUGGUCACUCUUUUCUCGCCUCUCUGAAGACUUAUAUCGCUUUGGCGGUGUUUUGGAAAAGGACGGCGAGAAGCGGUGGCGUCUUGAUCAGACCGAAGGACGUAGUCGAAUGAGACUUCGUGUUAUCCCUGAUGGCUCGGACGAGCGACAGGACUACCAGCCGAAGCGAAAAUCCUCUGAACCACCGGUUAUGAAAAUAACUACCCAGCUGCAGCAGACGACAAUUUCGGAGCCACUUGAUAAUACUGCCACUACGUCCGUCUUUGUUGGGGGCGCGGGAGAAGGUGAAGGUGAAGGCGAAGGUGACGGUGAUGGUGAAGAUAAAUCUACUCUUGAAGAAAGCUUUGAAAUGGUCGAUGACCCUAGGGUGGAUAUUGAUGAAUACGAGGACAAGAACAGAAAAGUAUUGCGAAGUCUCCAGCGGGGCGAUCAAGUCCAGAGUGUCUGCAACAUGUCUUGCAUUAUCGGACUAGAGGCAUGUGAAAGUCUCUUGAUUAUAGGCAAAAAUGCCGUGUACAUUCUAGACAACUAUUUCCAACGCGCCGAUGGGGAGAUCGUGAAUGUCUGGCAAGCUCCUAUCGAAGAAAGGGAUCCGUUUGUGCGUAUGAUCUCCGGACGCGAAUCCAACGAACGAAAGUCUCGCGAACACGAAGUGAGGAGCUGGAAAUGGCAGGAUCUUAUCAGUGUCUCUAAGCGACGCUUUUUAUUUCGAGAUGUCGCCCUUGAAAUGUUCUUCACGGAUGGCCGUAGCUACCUACUGACCUUGAUAUCAUCUAGAGCAAGAGACGAGCUGUAUAGCCAGCUUUGUGCACACUCCCCACAAUUUGGUGGGAAUAUAAAUGUGACUCGGCCAGAAGAUAUCUGGAGAUUCGAGAUGUUGAGAGUACAAGAUGACGCGCCACAGUCUUUGGGGUCGAAAUUCGCCAGCGUCUUUGGGCAAGCUUCCAUGAAUCCGGCUACUCGUAAAUGGCUCAAGGGAGAGAUGUCUAAUUUCCACUACCUGAUGCUUAUCAAUACUUUGGCCGGUCGAACAUUCAAUGACCUGACUCAAUACCCUGUCUUCCCGUGGGUUAUUGCCGAUUAUACAAGUGACGAGUUGGAUCUGGGUAACAUGAAAAGUUUCCGUGAUUUGUCCAAGCCAAUGGGAUGCCAAACCCCGACGAGAGAGGCAGAAUUUCGCGAGCGGUACAAAUCUUUUGCAGAAAUGGGCGACGAGAACGCUCCAGCCUUCCACUAUGGAACACAUUAUUCUUCUGCAAUGAUAGUCAGCUCAUAUCUUAUUCGAUUACAGCCAUUUGUCAAGUCCUAUCUGCUUUUACAAGGCGGCACAUUCGAUCACGCAGAUCGGCUCUUUUACUCGAUUGGUAAAGCGUGGGAAUCUGCUUCGCGAGGAAAUCUGUCAGAUGUUCGUGAACUCACUCCAGAGUUCUUCUAUCUCCCAGAAUUUUUGGUGAACUCCAACAAGUACGACUUCGGACUUCGACAAAACGUGACCAAAGCUAUUGAUUCGGUGGAGCUGCCCCCGUGGGCAAAGGGUGAUCCCAAGAUCUUCAUUGCUAAGCAUCGAGAAGCACUAGAAAGUCCUUACGUGACGGAACACCUUCACGAAUGGAUCGACCUUGUCUUUGGUUUCAAGCAGAAGGGAGAAGCAGCCAUCGAGUCAGCUAAUGUCUUUCAUCAUCUUUCUUAUCAGGGUGCAAAAGAUCUGGACAAUAUUGAGGAUCCGGUGGAAAGACUAGCCACGAUUGGCAUUAUCCAUAAUUUCGGACAAACGCCGCAUCAGGUCUUCCAACGACCUCACCCUCGUCGAGACGAUCUUAGUCGAAGAGAGGGCCGUCUUGACAUGCUGGCUGAGUCAUUGACGAGAGUUCCUCUUUCUCUACUGGAUAUUCAAGAACGAGUGUCGUCUUUGUCAAUGAAGAGCGAACGUUUAUUGUGUAGUCCCGCAUUUCGACUAAACGUACCCCCGAACUUUGACAAGUUUCUAGAAUGGGGAUAUUCAGAUAGUAGUGUUCGGUUUUAUGCGGCUGAUAGCAAAAAGAUUCUGGGCCGCUUUGAGCAUCUGCAUAUUGGGCAGCUAUCGUGUGUUCUUUUUGCGGACUCGCAGACUCUAAUUACAGCAGGUUGCGAUUGCACUGUUUCUAUAUGGUUAUUCGGUACAAACAGCAAGAUGAUGGAAUUACAACCUCUAGCUUGUCUCUAUGGACAUAGAACCUCUGUCUCUGUACUAGCUACAUCCAGGUCGUUCAGCACUCUUUUAUCUGCAUCUACGGACGGCCAGAUCAUAUUGUGGGACCUGAAUCGGCGAUGUUUUGUGCGGGAACUCCCUGCUGAAGGUCCAGUAGAGUGUGCUCGUAUCAACGAUAGAACCGGAACUAUCAUGAUCUGUCGAGGAGGCCGCAUUACUUUGUACUCGUUGAAUGGUGCUCUUCUGGUAGAUCAAGUGAUAUGUGAGGCUGAAGAUGACUACAUCAUCUCUUGUGCCUUCUAUGAAGGAGAGAGUAAUGAGUGGCUGGAGAGAGAACUUCUCUUCACAGGUCAUAAGAGAGGCAUGGUCAAUGUCUGGAGCAAAGUGAUCAGAAACGGACGAUUCGACCUGGAGCUGAUACGCCAGCUCCAUCACGUGGACCAGCAUAAAGAUUCCGGUGUCAACGUCUCUGCUGGGAUUAGCUGCAUUCUUCCGCUGCCACAUAGCGUAUAUACAGGGGACGAGGCUGGGCGUGUUUACGAAUGGGACUGCAUUCAACGACGCUCGUGA